CGUUUAGGAAUCGAGUGUUAUCGAUCGCGAUAGCUUGACAGAAGGAACGCUCGUUAGACAGUUUCGUUCUUGUGCACGGUCGUCGGUCAGGACUCGAUAUUCGACAACAAAAACAGGAUUUUUGCUGUGACUUCCAAGGGACAUUUAGCGGUGUUUAAACAGGGAGGCGACUAAAGGGGGAACCUUGAGUUCGGAGGAUGGCAUAGAUCCAACACUCAGCCGACAGCAUGUGCUAUGUGAUAGUCACUGGCCGUAGCUUGCUGUGGACGCUUCUGUCCUUAGUGGCGUUAAUGGCAGUUUUAUCGGGCCUCAUCACUCCCAAAUGGCUCGUUGGUCCACGGACGAUUAAAGAUACAAGAAAUGGAACAGAGUUAUAUGUCCCGACAGUCGGCAUUUUCAAUCGUUGCAUCAGACUGCAUGGGAAGAUGCACUGUGCCAAUUUCAACAUCGAUGGCAUCGCGACGGAUUCCAGCGUCUUUCCAGCUUGCUGGAAAGCUUCUUACUUCUUCAUGUCCCUUGGCUUGGCGAUCAUGUCUUUGACGGUGCUAGCGGCUCUGAUUGGCUGCUGUAUACAGAGCAUCGGUAGGAAGAGCAUCUUCAAUUUGGCUGGGGUGGCGCAAGUAAUUGCCGGAAUAUCGUAUCUCCUGGGGAUGAUUUUGUAUCCUGCUGGCUGGGGAGCGGAGAGAGUUCAGAGGAUUUGUGGCCCCGAAUCGGAUGCUUUCUACAUUGCUGACUGCACUCUUGGUUGGGCCUUCUACAGCGCCAUGAUAGGGGUUGGACUUACCUUCGUAUGCGCGGUGAUCAGUGGUCAAGCAGAGAAGUCCACGGCAAGCGAUAAGGUCCAAGAUAAAAUGAACGAAGGCAAAACUUUGAUCUGUCUUGCGUGAAACCAAGGAAAUGAAUGUACUUAAUUUCGUUUGUGCUUCUAAGACAAUAUUGCGAGGACCAAAAAGAGCCAAGAGUUUGAAACGCAAAGAUUUCCUUCUUCCCCAUUGAGUCGACAGACCAAGGCAAGAGGAAAGGAAUAAAUUCGUCGUGGGACGAAGUUCGACUUCUUACCGAGCAUAUUCGAGGUCGAUUACUGUGAUGGAGUCAUCGGGAGUUGUCAAACCUUUGCUCCAUAGAGUACUUAUCGCGGAAGCGAAUUUUUCUGUGCCAAUACGAUUAUCACGUCACCGAAUGAAUAUUUGGUUCUUCAUGGACGAUAGGAAAUAAUAUUACAGUCAUGUUAAAAGACGUACAGUUUUAUAUCUUUUUACCGAUAACUUUUAUAGUCUGUUUUAUAAGAUCUACACAAGGUGAAUAUUUUUAAUAAAUAAGGUAUCAUAAAGAACUUGUACUACUGCAUAAAGAAAAAAUAAAAUGUCGAUGAUGCUGGAAAAUGAUUUGUUAUUCGUCUUUAGUCUUCUUGUAUCAUAUAAAACAUUACUGCAAUUUUGUAAUUAUUAGUCAACAGAUGCAGGAUAUUUUCGAAAACCUAAUUAUUGAGUCUUAUGCAGUUUAAACAGCUGUAUAACGUGAUAUUUUUGUAAUAUGUUGUAUGUAAUAUUACAAUAAAAUAUCACUGUAAAAUUUAUUCACAAACAUUCUAUUCGAUUUUGAGGCCAAUCAAUUUUACGACAAAAGUUUGUAGCUACUCAAAUUUUUAAUUGUUAGUCAACAAAUGCAGAAUUUGAUCGAAAACUAAUUACAGUGUUUUUUAUGCAGAUUGAAAAGUUAUAUAAAGUUGUAUUUUUUUUUUUUGUAAUGUUACAUUAAAAUAUCACUAUAUUGGGGCCAACAAAUUGUCCACGACUGUAUACAGUACUGUUUGAAAAUAUUUCUCAUUAAAAUCUUUUAUAUAAAUUAAGAAUAAAAUCUUUUCCCAUAGUAAAUCUGAUUUUAUCAUUAAUAUUUAAGGAAGUUAUACAAGAAAAAUCAAUUGGGAGUUCGACUUUGGUCACUUUCUUCUACCAUAAUAUUUCAACCACAUAUUCCGAAACAUUCUCCAAACAUUCUUCAAACAUUCUUCAAUAACAUGACACACCGGUUCUUGGUUUGUCAUAAUAACUCCCACGCAGUCUGUUCUUUAUUUUCGUUUGUAUUAAUUCAUUGAGAACAAGUGUAUCGACAGCUUAAUAGUACCUAAUAAAUAAAUAAUCAUAACUGUUCAUCCGCGUAAAAAAAUGGAGAACGUCCGACGAUCGGACGCGUUUGUUCGGACCCUCGAGCCGUUCUCGAACGAUAAGUAAAGAAAUUUGCGAUUCUUGUCGUUUCCGGAGAGCUGAUUCCCGCGUAAAUGGGGCGAAGACUUUCGCUGUAAAGAAGCGAAGGAGACGAACGUUAAAAAAUAAGCAUAAAACCGGUAAUUGUGUGGUCAUGGCGAUUCUCCUCGUACACUUUGGAUCGGU